AAGACGUUAACUCCUCCAUAUUGAAUCGAGCCAGCCUCUUUCGUGUCUCCGUAUUAUAACUUCUGACGUGCUUCGAUGCAUUCGAAUGAUGACAGUGGGGUGCUGAACGUCAGUGGCUCCAGCGAGGAAAACUACUUCCUCAGCUACACCUUCACGGACCGUACCGACUCGGGCUUGGUGGUGAAGAGCAUCAUAGACCUGUGCCUGGAGGACGGGCUGUUUGCUGAUGUCACCGUCUCGGUGGACAGGAAGGAGUUCCAGCUGCACAGGCUGGUGCUGUUAGCUCAGAGCUGCUUCUUCCGCUCUGUGUUCACCUCCAACCUGAAGGAGGCGCACAACCGCAGCAUCGAGCUGAAGGACAUCAGCACCCCUGUCUUCCAGCUGCUGGUGGAUUGCAUCUACCAUGGGACCAUCAAGCUGACUGUGGAGGACUUGCACUACGAGAUGGCCGACAUGUACCAGCUGAUCACGCUGUUCAAGGAGUGCUCCCGGUUCCUGGCCCGCACGAUAGAGGUGAGGAACUGCCUGCAGGUGAUGUGGCUGGCUGCGCCAAGAUCCAUCUGGUGCAGCUCCACCACACAGAUAAAAUCAAGGGUUUGCACUUGAAGCAUGUUAAAAAAAAAUAUUAUAUAUAGACUGAAAC